ACGGCGUACUUUUUUUUAUUAAAACUAAUCCCCGUCCCGUGGAAUUUUAAAAUUGUUUUUAAAUAUAAAACUAAGGUUUCUUUUUGUGUGUUCCAGGCGAAAUCCAACAGCAAGAAGGGCAGGAGUGUACAAUUUGCAAUCAAUCUGAGGGGAGUUACAGUGAUAGAAAGUGAUACGCAAACACGGCUUAUGGAUAUCUCUCUCUACAGGAUAUCCUACUGUUCGGCGGAUGCCACCUACGGCCAUGUUUUCGCCUUCAUUUCCACAAACGAGAACGACUCACUUACCUGCCACGCCUUUCUGUGCUCAAAAAGGAAAAUGGCUCAGCUCAUAUCUAUAACCGUAGCGCAGACUUUCAAUACGGCUUUUCAUCUUUGGCAGAUGACGCACAACGGGAUGAUGCCUUCGAUGAAGGAGAAGAGCAUGGACAACUUCAUCACAGGUUGCAUCAAGAGCCGGGAUGCCGAGGAAAAUCGGCCGACGAACGUGAUUCAACAAGUCCUGGCCCCGAUCCCGAUGCUGAUAGAUCUUACGACCCCGAUAUCGGAGAAACCACCGAGACAAUGGACAAGUUUCGAUGACUAAGGAGCUGUGAAUUAUUAUUAUUACCACAUUAUUUAAUACUGUUUUCUUUAAUAUAGUUGUGUCUGUGAUUUAGUUUUAAUUGAUUUAUUUUGAGUUUAUUCUAGUGUACGUUAAAUGUAUGUUAAACAACAGGAACGUUGUCAAUAUUCAGUUUGUACUAUGGUUUAUUAUACAAAACAUUCAUCUAUACAUAUUUUAACUAAUUUUCAGCAUAUAAACAUGUUAUUUCAUUGAUAACUGUUAUUUAUUGGUUUACAAAAUGUUUAUGAUUUUUUCUACCAGCUGUAAAAUACAAUAUGUUAUUUUUUAUAA